CGAUUGUCUCGUCUCGGCGUCAAAAUGAAGAGGUCGGCGUUGCCGCGGCAAUGGUCGAUGGACUCCAUCCAGCACUCCAUCUUCUUGAUGCGGCGGAGAAUAUCAUGGAGAAAGGCCAUUCAAUUCCUUCUGAUUGUUGCCGUCUCCGUGAGCUUGCUGUACGCUCUCAGCGUCAACCUCUUCGUCGUGUCGACGCACAAGUACAUCCACUACAGUGGCCUUGACUUGGACGUAGUGGCCAAGCCUCCUUUGGUCGCCAGAGCUGUUAGAGCUCAAUCGCACGAGCCACCGUUGCUUGCGUUCACAAUUCUACAGAUCCCAGACAUGCAUUAUACUGGCAACCCCAACCAUCCAUGUCGGAACCCGCCACCGUCUGAGUACCCAUGCACAGAAGCCAACAUGACAGCCUUCGUGGCAUCCUUGCUUGACGACGUCAAGCCGGACUUUGUCGUGUUUACAGGAGACCAAAUUGAGUCGGUCGAAGUGCAUCAGUCGGUGUACCAAGUCAACCAAGCACUGUACGCCUUCAGCAAAGGCACGAUCGAGCGCAACAUCCCGUGGGCCAUGGUGUUUGGCAACCACGACCAGGGGGACUCCAUGUCGAAGCGAGAAAUGUUCCGCCGUCUCAACGCUAUGCCGUUGUCGUACUCUGAGUUUGGUCCCAAGACCUCUACCUCGCGCGUGGGAAACUACCACCUGCAAAUCGACGCACCGGUCGCAGGGACGUGGGGACCAAGCGGCAAAGCGCUACUCCGCCUAUACUUUCUUGAUUCCGAAGACGGGCAAUUCACACCGGACCAGCAGACACAUCUCUUGGACGUGGCAGCGCAACAUGCCCAUCAACACGUGCCCGCCCUCGUGUUUUUUCACAAUCCGUUACCCGAGUAUGCUGAAUUCGAGUCUGCCAUCAAGAAUGACCUGCCUCGCCAAGGCCACCUCGGCGAAGCAGUGACCCAUGCACACACCAACAGCCAUCUCUUUGAGACGAUCUUGCAGAUGGGCGACGUCAAAGCCACCUUUGCCGGCCACGACCACUUGAACGACUAUUGCUUUCGCAAAGACAGCGUGCAUUUGUGUUACGGAGGCGGCGUCGGCUAUGGUGCUGCGUACGGCAACGACGCUAUUCCGCGACGGGCGCGUGUCAUCGAAUGGGCUUUGGCUCCUCGGGAGGAAGUCAUCACGACGCAUUUGGUGCAGCGCAGCAACACGGGCAGCAUCACUCAUGGAGAAUCGUAUUUGAUUUAUCAGAGAAAAAAUUUGAAGCAAUCUGGCAUCGAUGGCGGCGGCGGCUUGCGUGGUGGUCGUGACUCUUAAGGGGGAGUGGCCAGCGCGUCAAUUUCCGAUUGAAUCGCGUCCAGUUGAAUGAAAAAGUCGUACAAGUCGG